UGCAAUUUCAACUAGAACUACUCUCUCAAGUUUGAACUCAUGAGUUUCUCAAAAAAAAAAAAAAAAAAGUUUGAACUCAGGCAGAAAAACCUUAAACCCCCAAAACAAAAUCAAAAGUGGAGGUUCCAACGUCCAACCUUCCACUUUUCUUCUCGUUGUCUCAAUGAUUAUACACCUCAGAAGAAUAAACCCACUUGAAUUCAGGUCUCCAAAUCGCUCCUCUCUCAGACUAUUCUCAACUCUCUUACAAAACCCAUCUCCAUCCCCCAAAACCAAAACCCAGAACCCCACAGAAACCCUCACAAAACCGCAACUCAAAGCCUUAGUUCUCACACAAUACUCACAUGGCAAAUUCUCCAAUCUUGUCUCAAAUGUCCUUGCUUUGCCCAAUGUCCUCCUAACUGCCUGCCAAAACCUCACCACCUCACAAUCCAACAAUGCCCUCAACUCCCUUGACUCGCAGUCUCUUCUCAACUCGGUCUCGAGGCGGUUUGAUAUCGAAGAAAUGGGCCGCCAGCUCUGUGAGAAUCGGUUUGAUAUUGAAGCUUGUUGUGUCACAAUGAUGCCCUCAAGAAUGAAAGGUGAGUCCUUGGUCUUGCCCAACUUGAAAUUAAAGGUUUUGAUUGAAGCUAUUAGGAUGGUCUUGGAAAUUGUGUAUGAUGAACGGUUUGUAACUUUUUCUUAUGGUGGGCGUGUCGGUAUGGGACGCCACACAGCCAUUAGGUACCUUAAGAACUCGGUAGAGAAUCCUAGUUGGUGGUUUAGUGUCACAUUUGAUAGAGAAAGGUUUGAUGAUAGGCAUGUAAAUAAGUUGUGUUUGUUUAUUGAAGAGAAAAUAAAAGAUGAUUUUUUGAUUGGUUUAAUAAAGAGGUUGUUUGAGUGUGAGGUGGUGGGAAUUGAAAUGGGUGGUUGUUACUUAGGAAGGGGGUUUCCUCAAGAAAGCGGGUUGUGUUCGAUCUUGAUUAAUAUUUACUUUAAUGGAUUUGAUAAAGAAAUUCAAGAUAUGCGUCUUCAGAAAAAUCAGGAGAAUCCAAAGUUUAAAUCAGAGCAGCUUGUUUGGAUGUCUGGCCUAUUUUAUAAGCCAGUGAAGAUGUACGUGGUCAGGUAUUUGGAUGAAAUAUUAGUGAUAACGUCGGGGUCAAAGAUGUUGACCAUGGACUUUAAGAAUUGGGUUUUGAAAUAUUUAGAAGGUAGGUUGGAUUUGAGGGUGGAUAAAAUGAAGACGGCAAUUCAUAGUGCAGUAUCUGAGAAUAUUAGUUUUCUAGGUAUGGAACUACAGGCAGUUCCACCUUCAGUUUUGCAUCCUCCCAUGACAGAGAAAGCAAUUAGGGCACGGAAGAAGUACCUUAGGCAGAAGGAAGUUAGAGCUUUAGAAUUUAAAAAUGCCAGAGAGAGGAAAAGAAAGAUACUGGGGAUGAAGAUAUUGCAGCAUGUUUUUAAGAAGUUGAAGCAAAGUGAUGGGUUUAAAUUUGACUUUCAAAUUGAAAAUGAGGUUCAAGAAAUCUUCAGAACUUGGACUGAUGAAGUGGUCCAUGAUUUCUUGGGUUCCUUGGAAGAGCGUUGGGAAUGGCAUCGGAUGCUUACAGCAGGCGAUUUUCUCUCUUUAAGGCACAUUAGAGGUCAAUUGCCCCAAGAGCUGGUUGAUGCGUACGAUAAGUUCCAAGAGCAAGUUGACAAGUAUUUGAGUCCGGUCCAAGCUAGAAAGGCAUUAGAGAAAGAAGAAAAGAGAGUGGAGGAGGAAGAGGAACAGAAAUAUGCUAAGAGCACGGUUGAGGAUUUGACAAGGCUGUGUAUGAAAGUUGAUGCACCAGUAGAACUUGUUAGGAAGGCAGUUAAGAUGGCUGGUUUUACAAAUAACAUGGGUCGCCCUAGGCCGAUCAAGUUACUUAUUGCUCUUGAAGAUAUUGAUAUUAUCAAGUGGUAUGCAGGAGUAGGGAGAAGGUGGCUUGAUUUCUUCUGUUGCUGUCACAACUUCAAGAUGGUUAAAACUGUAGUAACUUAUCACUUGAGGUUCUCUUGCAUUUUGACACUAGCAGAGAAGCAUGAGUCAACCAAACGUGAAGCCAUUAAGCAUUACACUAAAGAUUUGAAGGUCUCUGAUUUUAAUGGAAAUGAAGAAGUGUACUUCCCCACAGAAAGAGAGGUUAAAAUGAUGGGAGAUCAAAAUCUUUUGGAUCCAAGGCCUGUUGAUGGGGCUUUAUCUUUGGCUUUGAUCAGGUUGGCUUCUGAUGAGCCUUCAUGUUCCUGUAUCGGUCAUUUCUGUGACAGAAUGGAUACUGUUUAUUAUCGGGUAUGGUUACUGCAGAACCGUUUGAAUGUGAAUCCAUCUGUUGAGGACAAGUGGGUCCCAGGGAUGGGUGCAAUUCAUGAAAGUCUCAAUCGGAAAUGCCUCCCUCUCUGUUCUCAUCACAUAAAUGAUUUAUAUAUGGGGAGUAUCACCCUGCAAGACAUUGACUGCACUAUUUGUGGAUGUGGACUGAAUGUUGCAUGUUCUGCUGAAUUGGCAUUGGUUCUGGUGGCUGCUAUUGAUGUGAACCUUGUUCUAGAAAUUCUUAUGUAUUUCUUUUCUGAAAUGAGGCCAGGCAGGAAUGGCUGCUGUGGGGUUCUGUGAGUCAUCUUUAAAUCAGAGGUACUGGAUUUCAAGGCUUUAAGUAAAAAACAAUAUUUCAGAAGGGAAAGUGUUGAUCAUUUUUGUGACGAAGCAGGCUGAGCUUUUGGCAGACUAACCAUAAAACAGGCUGAAGAAGAUUUUGUUACUAAUGAAGUGUAAUGUUUUGUGGGGUUUUGAGGUUUUUAGUGAGCAAGAAAGAAUGACAUUGUUUCAUUGUUUGGUUUUUGCAAUAUCAAGUUUAAUGGGUGAGUGAGGAGAAAUGUGGUUUCUGAAGAUGGAAGGUAGUUUCUAGAAGAUAAAGAUGAUAUAUUGUACUGUGUACAGAAAAUGAAGAUGGAGGGUAGUUUCUAGAAGAUAUACAUGAUAUACUAUACUGUGGAUUGAAAAUGGUAAUGAGAAAUAAUAUGGAUAAUUAGAUUAGAUUUUUCAUUAUA